UAUUAACGUGAACUUUGGCUGUUUACACAGAAAAAAUACACAAACCUUGGCUAAGAUGGAAACACAGAGACAGUCCAGACCUGUCUUGUACUGAACUGUGUGUCCACUGCGCCAUCUAUCGACUAAUGACGAGCAACGCAACAACAUUGAGAAGGAAUAUGGCGACGUCCGUAAAACCCCCGCUCUGCUGCUGUUAACUCUUUUUUUCAGUCAAUAAAAGUUUUGUACUUCAGAAAAUAAGUCCUGUCGGGCUCCCCUGCGGUGUCAUGUCCAGGCUGGCAGUGGUGUGUGGGGGGUCCAGGGGCAUUGGGAGGGCUGUGUCCCGCCUGCUGGCAGAGAGGGCCUGCAGGUUGGCUGUUGUCUCCAGGAACGAAGAUGCUGCCCGCUCCACAGUGGCAUCUCUGCAUGGAGCUGACCAUGUGGCUUUCAGCUGUGAUGUCUCUAAAGAGCAGGAGGUGCAGAAAACCUUUGAAACGAUCCAGAAGACCUGUGGAAACAUCUCUUAUCUUGUGAAUGCAGCAGGCAUCAACAGGGAUGCUCUGUUACUGAGGACCAAGCCGGAGGACAUGGUGGCUCUGCUUCACACCAACCUGCUGGGCACCAUGCUGACCUGCAGGGCAGCACUGCGCAGCAUGCUGCACACCCAGGGAGCAGCCAUUGUCAAUAUAGGCUCUGUUGUGGGCCUGAAAGGGAACACAGGCCAGUGUGUCUACAGCGCCACUAAAUCCGGCCUAGAGGGCUUCACACGCUCUUUGGCAAAAGAAGUCGCUUCGCGCAAUGUCCGAGUUAACCUGCUGGCUCCUGGUUUCAUCAGCACCGACAUGACCGCAGGGCUGAAGGAGGAGGAUAGGUUGCGCUCCAUCCCGCUGGGGAGAUUUGGCGAGCCGGAGGAGGUCGCCCAGGCUGUGCUCUUCCUAUUGGAGUCUUCCUACGUUACAGGACAGGUGCUGGUGGUGGAUGGAGGACUGCAGCUGGCCCAGUAAGGGCCCUCCCAUGGAAUGAUCUCACAGCUAAAAACAAUGGCAGUGAGGCAUGUGAAAGUCUUUUCUUGAAAAUUGUAUGCCUUGGUAAAGGCAUGGAAGUUGGAGACUGUAGAGGACAUAGUUCAAGAAUAAGAUGAAGGGACACUUGGCUCUGUGUUACUCAUGACUGAGGAGCAUUUGACCAGAUGAACAUUUACACCUAACAAGGCUUCAUGGCUGAAGUGGAAUGUUGUUGAGCGAGAUAUUGGUGUAUAUCGUAUUUAUUUUCUGCUGUUUUCGUAUCAAAUUCUUGCUGCAAAACACAGAGUAAGCAAAAUCUUUGCACAAGUUGUAAAAAGGCCAUUACUUGUUGUUGACAUAGGAGAUCACUGUCCUGCUGCUCUGUCUUUUUGCUGAGUCACUCUGUCUGAUGUGUGUCAUGAGUAACGCUGCUGACUCCAGAGUGUCUGGCCCAGUCCAGACCUCUGUGCCCUCAGGUCCUAAAUUUGAUCAGUAGAUUGAACGCUGUUGGUCUUUUUCCAUGACUGUAAAGCGCCCGUCCUGCUCAUGUUUUGUUCCCCCACCUCCCCCGGGAGACCCCCUCACAGCCAGCACAUGUUGCCCCUCCACCAGCGGGCCCCUAAGCCCACCUCUGGAGGGGCCAGGCAUGUCGGGCUGCAGCUGGAGGAAAUUAAAGGUAGUGGUGGGGGGUGUGGGGGGGGUAUUUUUAGCUCUGGUAAUGUUUUGAGUGUCUGGUUAGAGCUCUGGACCUGUAGUGUGGACGGAUAGACCGUGCGUUGCUUGUUCAGUUACCAUCCAUAGGUGCCGUGACUUUAAGUGAGCGACUUUGAUAGCCCUCUCUCUCUCUUUUAUGUGCACAUCUUAAAUGUUGUGUUUUCUAUUAAGGGAUUGGGCUAGAUUAUACUUUGAUUAGCAUUUUUAGCAAGAAUGGUAUUUCCACUGUGACUGAUAAUGCGUUUAUACUGGCAUUCUCUUAUUGUUUUAGGAAGAGCCUGCCAGUCUGUAAAAACAUCUCACGCUGUCUCUGAAGAGAUUGAUUUUUAUUAACUUUCAUAACCUAAAAUAAUAUCAGGAGAACAAUCCAUAUACAGGCAUUGAUUGGCAUAGAAAUGUGCAAACACAGUAACUGUCAGCUGAUGCAAGCUCUGAACAGACACGGAAAAAGAUGUCCACUUUGUAUAGCAUUACAGAGGUGACGAAAAUAGUUGAUAUAAAUAUACCUUGCCUUUCACUUUUGUACCCUUGAAUACUGGGGGAAAAAAGUUGUGUUUGUACAUCCCGAAAAACGUUGUUGGCACUGUACAAGUGCCCAAAAGUAACAUGCAAAGAAAUUGUGUUUGCAUUAAGCCUACAAGUGAUUUAAGGCAGUAAAUAUAUUUAUAAAACUUCAUGAUACAGAAAAGAUUGUUUUAUCAGUUAACAAAAGGUUGCUGAUAUAAUUUAUGUCAAGAUUGUUGGGAAAGUAGAGUGUUUUUUUUUCCAUACAAAAAUAAAAUGGACAAUCUGUGAUGUGUGACAAAUACACCGAAACCUUUCACAGCACCCUCUCUCAAGUGAGAACAUUUCAAUUCACACUUUUAAAAAUAAACCGUCAAAAGAAGAAAAUAAAUCACAACUGUCAUCAUCACCACUGCCGCAGCCAAUCACAUCCUUCCUAUCAAGUGUUGACUUACCACAUUAAAGUUGAUGUCCGUCAAAAAAACCUGCUUUUUCCUUCCUGUGUCUGUUAGAUCCAAAUUUCCUUAAGUUCUGCUGCACCCACAACGCAACCAAUCACAUCCACAUGUUCUUUCUUCCCAAACCUCAUUUCUUUUGCAAAACAAAAACAAUAAUAAAACACUAAACAUGGCAAACAUACGGUCUAUAAGGCCCGGCCUUUCCCAAUA